AUGGAGAAAAAGAGAAGAGCACGUAUCAACACCUGCUUGGAUCAGUUGAAAACCUUACUGGAAGGCUUCUACUCCAACAAUAUUCGAAAGCGAAAAUUUGAGAAGGCUGAUAUUUUGGAGCUCACUGUAAAACACCUGAUGAAUCUGCAGAACAUCCAGAAAGGAAUUCCUCCCAACACUGCUAAUGCUGAAUAUGAAGCAGGCUUUAGGUCUUGCCUCUACGGGGCAAACCAGUUUCUCCUCAUAAACAGCAGAAGUCAAACCUGCAGAUCUAACACGCAUGCGCAGCUCUCUCACGGACUCCUGAGUCUCAACACACGACUACAGAGUUUCAGCACCGCGGACAGCGAGGCCUCCUCAGCUCGCCCAGUUACUUCAUCCACACUUCCAGUUCCAGUUUCUCAAAAAGCACAAAGGAACCAGACUGAACAGUGUAUUAAAGACAAGGCUUUAGGACAUGGACACUUUGAACAACACAAACACGUUCCUGUUAUAGGAAGCUGUGUAGCUCUUACAGGCCUGCAACAGAAUUACUGGCGGCCUUGGUAGAAUGAGCACAUGUUAAAGUAUAUAGAGGUUAUUCCCAAAC